AUGAGUGGCUCUUGUAAGAAUGGCGAUUCUUGUCCGUUUAAACAUUCAACAACAGUCAUUGAGGAUAGUUCAAAGAAACGCACUAAAGAUAAGUUUAAAUCAGAGAUGUGCAAGAAUCAAUUGGAGUUUGGUGUUUGUUUCUAUGGUCGUAAAUGCACUUAUAGGCACUCAACUAUAGAAGAUGAUGACGAUGACUUUGAAGUAGAGGAUGAGAUUGAAUAUGGAAUGGUUGUUGGAGAUGAUGAUGAAGAAGAUGAACUGGUUGGGGAUGAUUCUAAUGAUGAGGAUAAUAACAGUGGCGACGAUGAUUCAAAACAGAAACCUACAUACCGACCCUAUACCAAGCCCUGCUUCGAUUGGUUGAAAGGACAAGCCUGUCAACGUGGAGAUACAUGUACAUAUUUGCAUUGUCACCCGAAUGAUAAGGCUAAAAUACUUGAACUCCAGAAGAAGGCAGAGUCCGAAAUGAAGGCUAAGCUUUUCCGUACAAAGGAGUGCGACUGUUUCUGCUGCUCCUGCUUCUUCUACAACAACUGCAGCAGCAGCAGCCGUUGCACCCAAGGUUAA